GCACUGGGUGGCCAUCGCCCAGCGCAUCGUGGCCCCCGGCAAGGGCAUCCUGGCCGCCGAUGAGAGCACUGGCAGCAUCGCCAAGCGGCUGAGCUCGGUGGGGGCGGAGAACACGGAGGAGAACCGGCGCUGGUACCGGCAGCUGCUCUUCACGGCCGACCAGCGCGUGGACCCCUGCAUCGGCGGCGUCAUCCUCUUCCACGAGACCCUCUACCAGAAGGCCGACGACGGCCGCCCCUUCCCCAAGGUCAUCCGCGACAAGGGAGCCCUCGUGGGCAUCAAGGUGGACAAGGGGGUGGUGCCCCUGGCUGGCACCAACGGAGAGACCACCACCCAAGGUCUGGAUGGCCUCAUGGAGCGCUGUGCCCAGUACAAGAAGGACGGGGCAGACUUUGCCAAGUGGCGCUGCGUCCUCAAGAUCGGCCCCCACACCCCCACGGCCCUGGCGGUGCUGGAGAACGCCAACGUGCUGGCCCGCUACGCCAGCAUCUGCCAGCAGAACGGGAUCGUCCCCAUCGUGGAGCCCGAGAUCCUCCCGGACGGCGACCACGACCUCAAGACCUGCCAGUACGUCACUGAGAAGGUGCUGGCCGCCGUGUACAAGGCCCUGAGCGACCACCACAUGUACCUGGAGGGGACUCUGCUGAAGCCCAACAUGGUGACGGGGGGACACGCCUGUGCCACCAAGUACAGCCCCGAGGAGAUCGCCAUGGCCACCGUCACCGCCCUGCGCCGCACCGUGCCACCCGCUGUGCCAGGGAUCACGUUCCUGUCGGGGGGUCAGAGCGAGGAGGAGGCGUCUCUGAACCUCAACGCCAUCAACCGCUGUCCCCUGCCCCGGCCCUGGGCUUUGACCUUCUCGUACGGGCGGGCCCUGCAGGCCUCGGCCCUCAAGGCCUGGGGGGGCAAGAAGGACAACACCAAGGCGGCCCAGGAGGAGUACGUCAAGAGGGCGCUGGCGAACUCCCUGGCGUGCCAGGGCAAAUACACCCCGAGCGGCACCGCCGGGGCCGCCGCCAGCGAGUCCCUCUUCGUGUCCAACCACGCCUACUGACCACGCCCACCCACCCAGGGACACGCCCACCUCACCCAGGGACACGCCCACCAACCAUCAGACAUGCCCACCAUCCAUCAGACACGCCCAUCUUCAACUGGACACACCCACCUGCACCUGGACACGCCCACCCAAUCAUUGGACACACCCACCUGCAACUGGACACGCCCACCAUCCAGCAGACACGCCCAUCUGCACCUGGACACACCCACCCAAUCAUUGGACACGCCCACCCAAACCUGGACACACCCACCUGCACCUGGACACGCCCAUCUUCAACUGGACACACCCAUCUUCAAUUGGACACACCCAUCUUCAAUUGGACACACCCAUCUUCAACUGGACACGCCCAUCUGCACCUGGACACGCCCACCCACACCAGGACACUCCCAUCUGCACCUGGACACGCCCAUCUUCACCUGGACACACCCACCCACCCAUCGGACACGCCCAUCUGCACCUGGCCACACCCAUCUACACCUGGACACGCCCAUCUUCAACUGGACAUACCCAUCUUCAAGUGGACACGCCCACUUUCACCUGGACACGCCCACCUUCAACUGGCCACGCCCAUCUGCUCCUGGCCACGCCCCCUUUUUGCCCCUCCCCCCCCGUGUGUCUGUCUAUUAAUAAAGAGGCGGCGCCCCCAGAGCAAA